GCAAGACCAAGCAGCAAGGCCACCACCACAACCACCAUUACCCAUUACUACCACUGCAGCUCGCUCGCUCACUCACUCACUUACUCACUUACUCACGAACUGUCACCUCAACCAACCCACACCCACACACACCCUCUCUCUCCCUCUCCCUCUUUCUCUCUCUCUCGCGCUGCCCGCAGCCACUUCUCACCACUCUCGUCGUCGUCUUCGCCGCAGCUGUCGUCAAGCUGCACUGUUCACCAACAUGAAGAUCACAUUCAGGGAUCUCAAGCAAAAUAAAUUCUUCCUCGAUGUCGACUCCGAAGAGCUUGUGUCUACCGUGAAGGACAGAAUCGAGGCGGAUCAGGGUUUCGAUGCAAAGACGGUCAAGCUCAUCUACUCUGGCAAGAUUCUCAAAGAUGACGAGAAGAUGGGGACAUACAAGAUUGAAGAGAAGGGGUUCGUCGUCUGCAUGACAAAUAAGCCUAAACCUACCCCCGCCGCUGCUACGUCUGCCUCUGCCUCUGCCUCGUCGACUUCUGUCCCUGAGACGCCUGCCCGCCCUGCUGCGUCAACACCUGCUGCUCCAGCUGCGCCGUCUCAUACAUCCGGUUCAACUACAGCUGGUGCCGCACCUCCUGCUACACCGUCUCCGGCCGGUCCUCAGGCUGGUACUCAGUCCACAACAUCUGGCGACAGCUCGAUGGCUAUGGGUGCCGAACGAGCUGCUGUGGUCGCAAAUAUGGAAGCCAUGGGCUUUGAACGUGCUCAGAUUGAAGCCGCCCUGCGUGCUGCGUUCUACAACCCAGACCGUGCCGUUGAGUACUUAUUAAAUGGAAUACCCGAGAGCGCUCGACAGCAGCCUGCGCAGCAAUCUGCACCAGCAUCGAAUCCUUCUGCCGCGGCUCCUGCUGGCCAACCUGCUGAAAGUGGAACUCCGGGCGACUUUGUCAACCUAUUCGAUCUCGCAGCCCAGCAAGGUCAAGGUGGAAGCCGUGGAACAAGUGGCGCCGCAGCGCAAGCCGCUGGGGCGGCUGCUGCUGCUGCUGGAGCGACUGCCGGGGCUCAAAGCCUGGGGAACCUCGAUUUCUUGCGUAACAAUGCUCAAUUUCAGCAACUACGCCAAGUCGUUCAGCAGCAGCCACAAAUGCUCGAGCCCAUUCUACAACAACUAGGCGCCGGAAACCCCCAGCUUGCCCAACUUAUAUCCUCGAACCCAGAGCAGUUCUUACAACUCCUAGGAGAGGAUGGAGAUGACGAUGCGCCGCUUCCCCCGGGCGCUCAGGCUAUUAGUGUCACCGAGGAAGAACGCGAUGCCAUCGAGAGAUUAUGUCGACUUGGCUUCGACCGCGAUGCAGCUAUCCAGGCAUACUUUGCUUGUGAUAAGAAUGAGGAGCUGGCUGCCAAUUUCCUCUUUGAUCAGCCGGAUGACGACGAGCCAGCGGCCUAGUCACGAUCUGUGUUCUAGCUCUAUGCUGUUGUUUCUGCGUUGCUACUUUUUCACCUUUUACCUUCAACCCGAGGACCAAAUAUCCUGUAUGAUGAGUUAGAGCGAAUAGUCGCGCUGACCUUGUCUUAUCCUCCUCCACCUGUACCCUCCACGGGGUACUCGCAAAAUAUACACGAAACAUGUUCCUGUAAGGUAGGGGGUAAUGGGAUGUAUAUGAGGGAAGGGGUUUGAUGCCACCGACUGUUGGACGGCUGGUUGAAAAGCUUUUUUUUCCCCCUGAAGCGACGAGUUCGCAUGGAACAAACGAACAAAAACUUACGCUGUCUUAGCUUUACAUCAACUAGUAGGUACAUAAGUUUUGCUAGGGCUCGUUUCGUUUUGUGUUUUUUACCCAAGCUGUUUUAAUUAGAAGACGAGAGGGAAAACAGCCCGAUGAAAUAAAAGGAUGAAUUGUUACGUUACCUAACCUGUAAUGCGCUUGGUUUGAGUGAUGUGAUUUGUUGAAUGAUGACAUGGGUAAGUAGAUAUGUGUGUAAGU